AUGGUUUCCGCCGUUACGGCACCCAUCUUGACACUCUCCAUCGGUGGAGUCGACUUUUGCUUGGAGCCUCAUCCGAACGAAGAAACGAACAACGGUGCUUCGAAUGUGCCUACCGUUUCGUACCGCCACGUCCCCGACGAGGUGUGUUGGACACUGACGGCGUUCACGGGCACCUUACGGGUGCGUGCCCGCUCGCCAGACGCGUUUCGGCACACCACCGACGCGUCCUCGGUCCCGUGUUCCGUGACGACUCGAUCGUUACCGAACGAACCGUCCCUGCCGGCACCGCACGUGACGCCCCGCAUGGCGCACUCGUCGUCAUUUUUGGCAACGAAAGGUCAAGGGAACGACCCACCGUCCGAGACACGCAAGCGUUCCCACCGGGCUGGAGAGAAAAAGUCCCGCGGGGAUACCGUUAAGCGGAGUACUCUGGACAAGAGGCAACGUACCCAGCCGUCGUCGAGUGACGAAGAACUCGUCGUACUCGGAGAUUGCCAACCGACGGCAUCGUCGCUGCCGACGCUUUUGGGACAACCGGACUUUUCGCAAACCCAACGGAGUGUCGCCGACGAAUUGGACGACAGUCUGACGCCGGAAGAUCGAGUCGACGACAUUGACGAUGCCCAACCUUCCAAGGUCAAGCAACUCAUGCAGCAGGCUUCGUCCAACUGCAGCGUGCCGUCUCCUUCCACCUCCCACACCGCGGUCAAGGACAACGAUCAGGGGUCCGUCCGCUCGCUGCCCUCCUUUGUACUCGAAGACGACGACGACGAUUGCCCGGCAACGCGCGACCGUUCGACGGCCCAUCCGUGGAGCCCGUCGGCAGACGAAACGCGGUUGCAGCUCGUGCACCAGCCAGCAAGCAUGAAGGGAGGGGUGUGUUCGGUUGCCACAAACCCCGCCAGGGUAUCGCUGGGUACGCCCUCGAAACCCGCUGGACCACCGCAGUCCCAAGCUCCCCCCUGUCCGCGCUGGGGACACACCUUUACCUAUAUUGGUGACCAACAGUAUCUCGUGUACGGUGGACAAACCUGGGACGCAACAACCGGUCUCCCCCAAACGUUACGUGACGUUGCGAUCUACCACGCCUCCAAAAAAACCUGGUACACUCCAUUGAACUGCGACGGCUUUUGCCGGCAGUGGCACACGGCGACGUAUCUACCCGAACGGCAGUUGCUCAUUUCCUUUGGUGGCGAAGCCGCAUCGCCCAAAACCGGCAAAACCAAAACUACCCAUCAAGUCAUGGUCCUCGAUACCGAAAUCAUGCUCUGGUACCCGCCCACCGUCUCGGGGGACGUCCCCAGCGGACGCAGUGGACACACCGCUACCCGCGUCGUGCAUGCUUCCAACGACACGGAACUCCUCGUCGUUUUCGGUGGCGUCCAACAAACCAAAUGGCUCAACACGGUAUCCGUGCUCGACACGACCCGCUGGUGUUGGAGUACGCCCAAAACGACCGGGGCGGCUCCAAAACCUCGUUCCUACCACACCGCCACGGCCGUCCGAGGCAACAUUGUCGUGCUGGGCGGAAACAACGCCACGCAAGCGUUCAAUACGGUGCACGUCCUGGAACCAGGCUCCCAAACUUGGACGUGGACGCAUCCCCAAGUUCGAGGCCGCGCACCCGUGGCCCGUACGGGUCACUCCACCACACUACUAGCCGACGGAAAGACUCUGUGCGUCUACGGUGGAUGGGAUCCCAACGAUGAAGCAGCCACGGACGAUGCCGAGAUGAUCUUCCAAGACUGUUUCUUGCUGGACACGGAAACGUGGACGUGGAGCCAGCCGACGGGCGAAACGCGUUUGGUGCACGAGCAAGGUACGAAUGGAGGGGCUCGUCGUGUGGGGCACGCUGCUAUUUUGGAUCAAAGCCAACCGGACCGAGUCGUGCUCUUUGGAGGACGUGUUCCGGGAGAUCAAUUUUCGGGGGAUCUACAAAGCCUUUCCGUGCGACCAACAGCCAAAGAAGCAUCACGAGUAUAG